AUGCGUUGGAUGAGCACCCAAGGCGUGAAGAAGCGCCUAAAGAGUUCCUUCCGCUGGUUGCAAUGUCGCGUCCGGAACUUGGUUUGGGUCUAUAAGAUGGCAUGGCAAAAGUCCAGUAGAGGGGAGCCAUCUUGCUUCGGUGGCGAGGCCACCUUGCUGCGUGUGGACAGCGGUGACCAGUUGGUCGACCAAUUUGCGUCGCCGCGAGAUUCACGUGGAGAGGUUGCCUCCAAAGCGUUGUUAGCUGUGGAAUCCAAGGAGCACCAUGAGAAGCGAUGUUCACAGGCACGGCGCCAACGCCGCACCUGGCACUCUCGUCGUCGGAGUCGGCGCUGCCGCUCCUUGUCGCUGGCCAAGGCGCCACUGAAGGUACGACUUAGCGCUCCCCCGAUGCCAGUGACAGUCGUCGAGCCGGCGUCGGCAGCGCCGCCAGCGCAGGAAAUGCCUCAACUCCCAUCACAGGUGGCCGAGGCAUAUGGCCACGAGCUCUUUCAAAGCUAUUGGGACUGGCCUCUUUCACGAUUGGAAAAGAAGAUGAGGCUUUUGGAGUUGGAUCGUGAACUCAUGAAGGUAGAGCGGGAGGAACUAGCUGGAGAGCUGCAAGAAGCACGCCGAAUGAGUUGGAGCUGA